GUCGUGCUGAGACCUGUUCCAGGAUGCAAGCUUGGAUUUGCGGUCAUGGAGUUUGGUCACAAACUUCUGGUGGCGUCCGUCCAUGCCAAAGGAGUUCUGAGCAACUGGAACACGACCCAUCCGGAGCUUUCCGUCGAGGAGCGGGACCUCUUGGUCCAAGCCAACCUUUCCACCGAGUAUUUCGGCAUGGUGCAGCAGCUGCGGUUUUCGCAGGUGUUGCUUCUCAAGUUUCAGCGCCAGGAAUCCAUCAAGUCGCAGCCACUUCCCGUACGUGCUCAAUGGGAGCCACGGGCAGGCAGCCAAAGUGUAGACCUGGAUGGGGAGUUUGGCUGCUCAACAGACUUGGAUUCGAACCUUGCAUUGCGUGCCAUCACAGAGUCAGCAGGGCCACACACCCCAGCCACCUGGAAGAGCGCGGCAACCUGUGCCGUUGACCAUUUUCUUCACCAGGAGCAGCUCUUCCUGGGACUUUAUGGUUACCGGGUCCUUACAAACCGGACAUGGGCAGACGCUCAGGUGGCUGGGCAGACCCCCAUCCUCAGCCUCAAGGUGGAGCAGCAUAUCGAGCAAGCAAGCCACACCUGGUACAUUGUUUGUUGCGAGCUGGUUCACUUCAAGGGUGGUGCACGGGAUGUAGUGAAGUGGGAGGCUCCGAGGCGACUGGCGCAGCUUCGUGCAGAUUUGCAUGACCGCGUCAAGUUCGGCAUGGAGCCAGACGAGUACAAGGCCUUGUUCGAAGACACCCCUUUUGCGCAUGCUGGCGGUCCGAGCGGCACAACACUGCGCUUGUCCAAGUGGUUGUCCACAUUGGCAGCGUCCAUUAACAGGCUUACCGUGACCCCGGCAGUCACCGCCUUCACCCUGACUUUCCUGCAUGCUCC